AUGGCCGAGGUGACGAUCAAGAAGGGCCUGCGCAACCCGCUGGACGAGGCCCAGGUGCGCCGCGCCGUGCUGGCCCUGAAGGCCUUCGUGGCCAAGAAGAGCGAGGAGCGCGCUAAGGCGCAGCUGGUGGAGGACACCGAGUACGUCUCGUGCAUCCUCACGCGCAAGCUGGUGCCCGGCAAGACGACGCUCAAGCCCAUCCCAGUCACCCUGCCGCACUCGCUGUACGACGAGGGCGCCGAGAUCUGCCUGUUCGUCAAGGAUGAGGACAAGAAGCGCAUCAAGGAGGCGCUGGCCAAGGACCCCGUGCCCGGCGUGACCAAGGUCAUGACGGUCAAGAAGCUGCGCAAGAACUUCUCGCGCUUCGAGGACAAGCGCGCGCUGGCCGCGGCCUACGACAUGUUCCUGGCCGACGACCGCGUGCUGCCCUACCUCAAGGGCCACCUGGGCACCAAGUUCUUCGUCAAGAAGAAACAGCCCAUCGCCGUGCGCGUGUCCCGCAAGAGCCUGGCCGCCAGCCUGCGUCUGGCCUCGCGCCGCACGGCCUUCCACGUGAGCGCCGGCGUGUGCAACAACGUCAAGGUGGCCUGCCUGGACAUGACGCCCGAGCAGAUCGUGGAGAACAUCAUGGUGGCCAUGAACAACUGCGCCAACCUCGUGCCCAAGGGCUGGAACGGCGUGCAGUCUAUCAGUGUCAAGACGAGCGACUCGGUCGCGCUGCCCGUGUACAACGCGCUGGCGACGCUUGCCAAGCUGCCGCCCGUCGGCAAGACGGCCAACCUGAAGAAGCGUAAGCUCGAGGAGUUCGUGGCCGUGGCCGAGCAGGAGGUGGAGGCCCCCAAGGCCAAGAAGCAGCAGGGCAAGAAGGCGGCGGUGAAGGAGGAGACGGAGGCCCCCAAGGCCAAGGAGGCCAAGAAGGCCCCCGCGAAGAAGGCGGAGAAGAAGAAGAAGGAAGCCCCCAAGGCUAAGAAGGCCGUGAAGGCUGAGCCCGCAGCAGAGAAGAAGCCAGAGACGACGACCCCGUCGGCCAAGAAGAAGGCCCGGGGUAAGAAGAAGGUGGCGAAGAAGUAA